GAAUGAAAGCACCCAGAUACUAAAUAAUCCAAAUGCUGGAGUUUACUUGGAAAAAUUCCUCUGCAAAACCCUAUCUAAAUCAAUUACGCCUUGGAGAGAAGAAAUCCCAUACCCCAGACUCAGAACACAUCAUAAUUGGUCAACCCCAGUUGCAAAAUUUUGAUUCGUCUUUGAUUCCUUCAAUUCACAUUUGUUUAACACCAAAUUGAUCCGGGUCUUCCCAUUAAAAUACUCUUGACUUCAGGAUAUAUAAAAGCUCAUCUUUUUGUUGGUGAUGGUAGACAAUAAAGCUAUACUCUCGUUUCCUUCUUAUUCAUCUUUUCCUCCCAUGUCGGUUUCUGGCAUCCAGGGUCAACUUCUCGAGGUUACUGUUGUUGGUUGUAAUAAAUUGAAAGACACCGAGUGGAUUUCUAGGCAAGAUCCCUACGUUUGUCUCGAGUAUGCUAGCACCAAAUUUCGUACGCGUACUUGCACAGAUGGUGGAAAAAAUCCAACGUUUCAAGAGAAAUUCGUGUUUACCUUGAUAGAAGGAUUGCGGGAGAUCUCUGUUGUAGUCUGGAACAGCAAUACUCUCACUUUCGACGAUCUCAUUGGCAGCGGAAAGGUUCAGUUGCAAAAAGUUCUAUCUCAGGGCUAUGAUGAUACCGCAUGGCCACUCCAGGACAAGAAAGGAAGGUAUGCUGGAGAAGUUCGACUGAUAUUGCACUAUGCUAAUGCCAAUAAACCAGCGGCUAACCAUGCUCCAUCUGCGCCACCAUAUGCGGGUACACCGGGGCCUCAAGUUCCUUUGUACUCAACACCUCCAUCAGUAGCUUCUUAUCCACCGACAAGUUAUGCUCCACCACCUCCUUAUUCUUCAUAUGCUCCAAACUCAGCAGGAUAUCCCCCACCGCCAUAUCAUCAUCAGCCAGCUGCGUACCCUCCAUCAUAUCCGCCAACAUCAUCAUAUCCGCCACCAUACUCAAGUUAUCCCCCACCUCCCCAAGACCCGCACUAUUAUCCUCCCGGUUCAUAUCCUCCACCUCCUUAUCCUCCUCCACCAUUCUAAGACAUGCUUUGUUGUACAGCGAGCCAAGAAAAGCAGCCGACUUGUUGUCUGUUAGUGCGAGUUUGUACUUUACACCUAGUAGUUACUGUAUCUUUUUAUUUCUUCCCUAAUUGUACCUUUAGUGUCCAAUGUUUAUGUCGUAGAUCGGUGUUGCGGACAUUGUUAUAUGCAAGGAAAAUGUUGUAAGAAAAAAAGGAGCGAUAAUUUGUAUUUUUUCAUUGGUUGGUUGACUGGUUCUAUGAUCCUUGGAGAUAUAUUGUCCGUGGAGAAUUUUUUAUAAAAAUUUAUGUUCUAUGACAGUGGUAAAGUCGAGUCACUAUAA